AUUUUUCCCAGUGGACAAAGAGCUACCAGCCAACCAUGUACUGACACGUGGGCACUCAACCAGCCAGUCCGGGGUCUGCCCUCCCUCGCCCAUCAUCAGGGAAAUGCUUUUCAGACCCUCCCCCUCCUCUUCUCCUUCGAGCAAACAAACCCAGCAGAACCCAACUUGAGAAUUAACAGAGAGAGAGAUUAUGAGAAUGGAAGGCACAGGCAGGGCAGUUUGUGGAAGCAGAGGGGGAGUCCCAUUCAUCAGCUCUUCUCCCAAAAGAACAAAAGCAAGAGGACACUACCUCGCCGCUGCCACUUUCUCUCCCCUUCUCAUUCAAUCCAUGGCCGCCCAGAAGCCCACCUCAUCUCCUACCAAAACCAUUUCGUCUAAAAAGGCUCAGACGGUCUUCCCGUUGGGCCAGGAAGGCCCCCGGAACGGCCCCCUACCAUCUUCGCCGCCGGUGAAGCUAUUAACAAGGGUGGAGCAGCUGAAGCUCUUGACCAAAGCAGAGAAAGCUGGCCUUCUAUCAGCCGCAGAGAAGCUGGGGCUCUCUCUGUCCACAAUUGAGAAACUGGGUCUCCUCUCCAAGGCAGAAGAAUUAGGAAUCCUUUCGGCCAGUACCGACCCCGGGACACCAGGGGCUCUCCUGAGCUUGAGCUUGGGUUUGCUCAUUAUGGGUCCCUGCUGUGUUUACCUGGUGCCAGAGGAUUACCCAUGGGAGAUUGUGUUGCAAGUGGCUGUUGCUCUGAUUUGUGUGGUUGGUGGGUCUGCAGCAUUUGCUGCUUCUAACUUUGUAUCCAACUUGCAGAGAUCAAGAUGAGCUCGUUUUCCAGGAAUUUAUCUUCGGUUCAAACAAUGGAUGAGUUUAUUUUACUUGUCGUAAUCGACUGGUUCAUUAUUGACUGGAAUUGGCAAUGUUGCAUUCAUUAGUAUCA